AUGUCCCAUGUUGCCAUCAUAGGCGCAGGCCUCAGCGGCUUAGCCAGUGCGCGCCAGAUCCUCGCGCGUACUCCGCAAGCCCAGGUAACGAUAUACGAAGUACGCGGGAGUGUAGGUGGCGUGUGGAAUUACUCCCCCGACGCCCUCUCGCGCCAGAUCAAGUUCGAUAGCCACGGCAACCCACGCGCCGCGAUCGACUUCGGCAACAUCGACGGCAGACGCAACACAAUGCACGUCGUAGAGGAGGUCCCCCCCUCGCCCGUCUACCCCUCCCUGCGCACCAACCUCCCCACCCCGCUGAUGAGCUUCAGAGACGAGCCGUACGACGCUGCUAUCACCGACAAGACCUUCCCCACGCAUGCAGAGGUUCUUGCUUAUCUCCACUCUUACGCUCACAAACACGCGCUGAUCCCUCUCGUCCGUUUCCGCCACCGCGUUACGCGCGUCCGCCACAGCCCUCACAGCAGCAGCAGCAGCAACAACAGCAUGCGCAGAUGGGAGCUCACGGUGGAGGAUCUGAGUGUGUCGGAAAAGGUAGAGAGAGGCGAGAAGGAAAAUCUUCACAAUGUCUCACCUACCACCACGCGUACAUACGACUGUGUAGUAAAUGCAGCGGGCCACUACGCGAGUCCGUACAUACCCACGAUCGACGGGCUGUGGGCGUAUGACGGGGUAGUCGAGCACAGCCGGUGGUGGCGCGGCCCCGAGGCGCACCGUGGGCGCAAGGUGGUGGUCGUUGGGAGUCGCAGCAGCGGGUACGACCUGACGCGCGAGCUGGCUUGGCUCAAUGUAGCGCCGCGCAAUGUGCACUCGCCGUACGCGUCUGUCGACACACACCCACACCUCCACCUCCCGCCCACCACGGUUAUCCAAUCAUCGCGCUCGCCGCCGCCGGAGUGGACAGACGCGCCCGCGUGGUACCGCUCCAUCCACCAACGCCCGCCUAUAACACACGCGCACGGCCACAGCGUCACCUUCGCAGACGGGCGCGUAGAAACCGGCGUCGACGUCCUCGUCUUCGCUACGGGGUACGACUACCUCUUCCCAUACAUGCACGCAGGCGACCAGCCGUGGAAGGAGCACCCUGUCGCUGACGAUGCGCGCGGAGAGAGGAGCGGGCAGGUGCAAGUGCAGAACAUCCCCGCGCACAAGCAACUAGGCGAGGCGGAAAUGGCGGAGUGCGCUCGCGGCUGGGCUGGCCUCCGCCACAACAUCUCGAAACACCACCUGCUCUACCUCCCCGACCCGUCUUUCGGGUUCGUCGGACUGCUGAAGAAUGUUCGCCCAUUCAGCCUGUAUGAGGCACAGGCGCAUGUUCUCGCGUUUUGCUUCGCACAGAGCACCAGCAAAGGCAUCCCAAACACACUCACCGAGCCGCUCCACCUCGGGAAUCAAUCAACUCGCGCAGCUCAGGUCUGGCGGUUUCCCCUCGAGUUUGAGAUGACGGACGAGAUGGCCAGCGCUAUAGGCGAGCUGGACACAUGUGCGUUUGCGGUUGACGACGGCGUGUGGACUUGGGCCUGCAAUCCGAAAUGGGCUUAUGACAGGACAUAUGGGCUGAUAGCGGAGAAGCGUGCGGUGCUCGGAUAUUAA